AUGGAUUUCGGGUCCUUGGAGACGGUGGUGGCCAACUCCGCCUUCAUCGCUGCCCGGGGCAGCAUCGAUGGAAGCAGUGCUCCGUCCACCCGGGACAGGAGGUACCUGUCCAAGCUCAGGCUGCCCCCGCUCUCCAAGUGCGAGGGGCUCCGUGAGAGUCUGGACCUAGAGUUCCGGGGCCUGUGCUCCGAGCAGCCCAUCGGCAAGCGGCUCUUCCAGCAGUUCCUGAGGGCCGACGAGAGGCACGUGCCGGCCCUGGAGCUCUGGAAGGACAUCGAGGACUACGACACAGCCGACGACGACCUCCGGCCGCAGAAGGCCCAGGCCAUCCUGGCGGAGUACCUGGACCCCCAGGCCAAGCUCUUCUGCAGCUUCCUGGAUGAGGAGAUGGUGGCGCAGGUCCGGGCGGGGCCCUCGGCGAGUGGAGAUGGGCUCUUCCAGCCCCUCCUGCGGGCCACUCUGGCGCACCUGAGCCGGGCGCCCUUCCAGGAGUACCUGGACAGCCUGCACUUCCAGAGGUUCCUGCAGUGGAAGUGGCUGGAGGCCCAGCCCACAGGGGAGGACUGGUUCUUGGACUUCCGGGUCCUGGGGAAAGGCGGCUUCGGGGAGGUGUGGGCCUGCCAGAUGAAGGCGACUGGCAAGAUCUACGCCUGCAAGAAGCUGAACAAGAAGAGGCUGAAGAAAAGGAAGGGGUACCAGGGUGCCAUGGUGGAGAAGAAGAUUCUGGCAAAAGUGCACAGCAGGUUUAUAGUCUCUCUGGCCUAUGCGUUUGAAACCAAAACUGACCUCUGUCUGGUGAUGACCAUCAUGAAUGGGGGCGACAUAAGGUACCAUAUCUACAACGUGAACGAGGAGAGCCCUGGCUUCCCCGAGCCGCGCGCGGUCUUCUAUACGGCCCAGAUCAUCAGCGGCCUGGAGCACCUCCACCAGAGGGACAUCGUCUACCGAGACCUCAAGCCUGAGAAUGUGCUGCUGGACGACGACGGCAAUAUCCGAAUUUCCGACCUUGGGCUGGCCGUGGAGCUGAAGGACGGGCAGACCAAGACCAAGGGCUAUGCGGGGACCCCAGGUUUCAUGGCCCCGGAGCUCUUGAGGGGUGAGGAAUACGGCUUCUCCGUGGAUUACUUUGCCCUGGGGGUCACGCUGUAUGAGAUGAUCGCGGCCAGAGGACCCUUCCGAGCCCGAGGAGAAAAGGUGGAGAACAAGGAGCUCAAGCAGAGGAUCCUCUCAGAGCCGGUCACGUACCCCGACAAGUUCAGCCAGGCCAGCAAGGACUUCUGUGAGGCGCUGCUGGAGAAGGACCCCGAGAAGCGCCUGGGCUUCCGCGACGGCACCUGUGAUGGGCUCCGCGCCCACCCCCUCUUCAAAGACCUGAGCUGGCGGCAGCUCGAGGCCGGGAUGCUGAUCCCCCCGUUCAUCCCGGACCCCAGGACUGUCUACGCCAAGAACAUCCAGGACGUGGGUGCCUUCUCCACGGUCAGGGGCGUGGCCUUUGACAAAGCGGACGCGGACUUCUUCCAGGAGUUCGCCACUGGCAGCUGCCCCAUCCCCUGGCAGGAGGAGAUGAUCGAGACGGGCAUCUUCGGGGAGCUGAACGUGUGGCGCUCCGACGGGCAGAUGCCUGACGACAUGAAGGGCAUCCCCGGGGGGCAGGCGGCCCCCGCAUCCAAGUCAGGAAUGUGUCUGGUGUCCUAGACAUGGAGGAAAAGGGGCCCCCCACCCUCACCUGCAGGGACGAAAAUGCCUCCGUGAGCAGCCGGAGCCCAGGGCUGGGAUGCAGGGGGAGUGAGGCACAGAGCAGCAGGCGUCCCAGCCCCAGUCAGGGCCCCGCCUGUGGACAGCGCACUGCUUUUGCCCCAUUUCACUCAAAAGAGACAACGAUGGUUCCUGGGUGGAAUGUACCCACGAUGCCUCCCUCUGCGGGCUCUUCUGUGGGCGUGAGGCUGGCGAGUGUGGGCGUGGGCCACGGCUGUGCAGAGAGAGGGUGCUGGGGCUUCCUGGCUCCUUGACUGCUGUCCCCAGAAGCUGCUCCCUUCACGCCAGCGCGAGCUGGUCACCUGCACAGUGGGGACGCCACUGUCGGCAUCGGCCAGGCACUGAGCGGUGCAGUCCCUGUGGGGUUGCCUUGCCGGCUGGGGCCUGGGUCUCUGGGAGGAGGGGCGGGUGUGAGGGUCUGGGGGUGGACUGACCACAGCGCCCCGCCCCCCCCACAGCUUCUCUUCGUCCUGAGAAUGUCGCAGCUGAUGGCAACUGGGCACAGUACUGCCGGGCCCCAGGCAGAUGGGCAGGCCGGGGCCUCUCUCUCCAGCCUGCGCACCUGCUUACGACCCCAACCCUCUCUGGGCUGGCGCCCGGCUGUCCUCUCUCUGCCCUUUCCUGACUCACCUCCUCGGCAGACUUGGGCAGUGUGGUCUGGCUGACGGGUUUGCUGACUGAGCGCCGAGAGUGGUCCCCUCUCUGUGCCCCCAGCAGCUCGUGCUGGAGUCUGAAGGUCCUCACCUUGUGGAACGCAGACAAGCCCGUCCUCUGGCGGACCAGCCCGGCCACCGCCCUCACCCGUCCCCCCUGUAACCCUCGAGCACUCAACCCCCAUGGCCCCAAGAGCUUCAGGUUUCAACUGGAGAACCAAGUUUAGUCACAGCGGCUUCCUGAAGAUGCUCACUCUAAGCUGGAUGUCGGCUGGGGAAGCCGAGACCCCGGUGGGGGGCUGGACGGGCCAGCCCAGGGGAGGGGCUGUGAUUUAGGGCCUGAGGACUCAUUUCCAGAGAGCGUCUCUGACCUGUUCUUAAAAGGACUUCUCUUGAGUCCCCGCGGCUCAGGCACUCGAGGGGGCGGGGUGCCAACUGUGCCAUGUGCUGGUCAGGGCAGAGUGCCCGGGCAACGCAAUGAGGCGCGAGAUUCACCUGCCUGGGCGUGGGGGUCAUGCGGGACGGGUCCAUGUGGAUAUCAGAAGGUGCUGUGGCAGUUCCCUGUCCGGGGGGCGGAUGGUGGGUCCCUCCAGGGACAGGAGAGGACACCAGCUGCUGCUCUAGCCUGUAGGGAGCCGUCCCCCCUGUAACCCUCGAGCCGGCCCCAGGCAUUCACACACGGCAACUGAGAGUCCUGUAGUCACUUUAUCUUUAUCUUAAAAAGUUUUAGGGGCCGGCCCGGUGGUGUAGUCGUUAAGUGUGCACGUUCUGCUUUGGCGGCCCAGG